GUGUUCAGAUUUUUUUAAACAGAGGAAUGCCAUUAUGUAUAAAGACAGCUUUCUAUAUUCGAGAUAAGAAGAAAUUCCUAUAGCGUUUAUCAAUACAUCGAAUCAGAAAUGACGCGCACUCUUGGAAGCGAUCCCACAUUAAUGGGCAUGGGAAGAGGCAAAGAUGAAAUAUAUGUGGCGACAAUGCCGCUGAGGGCAACCAAAGGACCUGCUCAGUUACUCAUGAGUGCUGCCUAUUCUCUCAACUUAUGGCAUCUUCGGCAUUUCAUGCUCAUCAUUAAACCUUCAACUACUUCUAUCUCUCCUCUCUCCAGCAACUCCCAGGCUUUAGUGUUUGAUUUUCAGCCUCAGGAUCCUGAAAACAUAUAUGUGGCUUUGGCUGCUUUGUCUGGUAGAGCUGUCCCAGGAAUUGUUCACGUACGGAAAAUUAGCAAGAUGCCUAGGAAAAAUUGUUGGUGCAUUGGUUCAUUCAAUUCAUCAAAUGCCGUUGAAGAAGCCUAUAAGUUCAACUGCAGUUGGCCUACUGAUUUACGCGUAGGUGAACAUGAUUGUCGUCACUACACCAAUGGGCUGGCUGAGAUGUUAACUGGAGAGACAAAUGUGCUGGAGCGCUUAGAGAAUCAUAAGGAAUAAGAAACGGCAUCGCCGAUCACCUGGCUCCAUAUGAAGGGGAAAUAAUGAAUUUCCCCCCUUUCUUCUAGUUUUAACACAAACUUAAGUAGUAGUCUUUCGAGAAAUUAUUGGUGCAUAUCUGGUAUGGGCCAACAGUGUCAAUAACGGGGUAUGUUAGUAAUUUUGCCAGAAAAAGACAAAACAAAGUUGACUUAAUGGCAAUUUAGACAACUUCGAUCAUGAAGGAUAGAAAUCAGAUCAACUAUUAUAUGAAUCAGAUCAACUAUAAUGUGAAUCAGAUCAACUCUAAUGUGAAUCAGAUCAUGAAUGUAUGUAAGUAAAAAACCCAAAAAAAAAAAAUUAAAAAAAACCCAAAAAAAAAGAAAAAGUUGUAUUUAUUUACAACUUUACCACGAUAUUGACAAACAGUGUCCAUAUCGGGUAUGCGCGAAUCACAGCUCAUAGUCUUUCUACUUCUAAGAAAAAGUCUAUUCACCCCACUGUUCCACGAUAAAUAAAUUGUAGAUUUAUACUUAUAGUCUUAUUCUAUAUUUAUGGCUCUUUCGUGUAUAUCUAUGUAAUAUUUGUUAAUGGCCACCCCUCCACCCACCCCUUUCAAAAACCCUCUCCUUCUUCAUUAGUUAGGGGAUACCCUGAAUGUUUUUCUCCAUGUUAAACCCUUUUUUUCCUUUUUAUUUUCAGUUUUUAGUUCUUUUUCUUAUUUUGUUGAAUAAAUCAAUAUCUCUUUAUAAUAUUCUUUUAA